UUAGUUGUACAUCUCUGAGGUUGAUAAACCAUACGAAUUUCAAAUUUGGUUGUUGCACUCAUGUCCACUCUGUUUACAUGUCCUUCAAAAGUGAUUACUUAAAUUGUUGGACUAAAAGACCUGAACAAAUAUAUAUGGUAGUGAGAUCUCCUGAAUCAUGGACGCCUCUUUCCAGUUUUCGCUCUCUCCAGUCUCCACACAUUUCUGUGCGGUGCUUGCACUCUUCUUGUCCUGUUCGUGAUGACUCGGUAGUAGAAAAAUCCCUAAAGUCUAUUAAGGAUAAAAAUAAGAAGCUUGAAGAAGGUGGGCCUGUCUACAGCCCCACUGUAGAGGUGGCUGUGAAGAAAUCAAUUGUUCAGAAGAUUGUGGAUGAGCUUAAGCAUUAUUAUCAUGGCUUCCGAUUAUUAUGGAUUGAUACAAAGAUUGCUGCACGGACACUUUGGCGAAUUCUCCAUGGUGGCACCUUAUCUCGGAGGGAGCGGAGACAGUUUCUUCGGAUAUGUGCUGAUCUCUUUCGCCUGGUCCCUUUCCUGGUCUUUAUUGUGGUUCCAUUCAUGGAGUUCCUGCUUCCAAUUGCUGUUAAGCUCUUCCCAAAUAUGCUACCAUCAACAUUUGAGACACAGUCCAUAAAGGAGGAGAAAUUGAAGAAAGAAUUGAGAGUAAAACUUGAAGUGGCUAAAUUUCUUCAAGACACAAUUGAGGAAAUGGCCUUAAAAAACAAAGCUGCCAAAGGAAGUGCUACAGAAGACUUUUCAAAAUUUUUUCAAAAGAUACGAGAGACUGGGGAGAGGCCCACCAAUGAGGAGAUCCUGCGCUUCUCCAAACUGUUUGAGGAUGAGCUGACUCUGGACAACCUGACCAGGCCACAGCUGGUGGCCCUUUGUAGACUAUUGGAGCUACAGUCAAUCGGGACAAACAACUUUUUACGCUUUCAGUUAAUCAUGAGACUCCGGUCAAUGAAAGCAGAUGACAAGCUUAUUUCUGAGGAAGGAGUUGAUACUUUGAAUGUUAAGGAACUGCAGGCUGCUUGUCGGGCACGAGGUAUGAGAGCUUUGGGAGUUACAGAAGAACGUCUCAGGGAACAACUCAAACAGUGGUUAGAUCUACAUCUGAACCAAGAAAUCCCUACUUCGUUACUUCUUUUAUCCAGAGCUAUGUAUCUUCCUGAUACUCUGUCACCAGAGGAUCAGCUGAAAACCACUUUACAGACCCUUCCCGAGAGUGUAGCCAAAGAAGCUCAAGUCAAAGCUGCUGAGGUUGAAGGUGAUAAAGUGGACAAUAAAGCAAAGCUGGAAGCUACUCUGAUGGAAGAAGCUGCCAUUAGACAAGAAAUUAAAGAGAAGGAAGAGCAAGAAAGGUUGACUGAAGCUGCUGAGAAGGCCAAAGAACUUGUCCAGGUGGAAACAGCUGUAAAGAAAGAAGCUGAGUUGGGUAUGGAUCUGGAACCUCAGCAGGCAAGAACUGUCCCUGCACAUGGAGAUGUACUGCAGGAGCCCACCAAGGCGCCAUUGCCCUCAGAGAUGCUUGUUGACAGUGCCCCUGUCUUGGAAGGCCUGAAGGGAGAAGAAAUAACCAAGGAAGAAAUUGACUUGCUUAGUGAUGCUUGCACUAAACUGAUGGAACAGAAGAAAUCCUUAACCAAAGAGAAGGAGGAGCUCAAGUUGCUGAAAGAUAAUGUUGAAGAAUAUAAAGAGGAUUUGCAAGAAAUCAGAAAGGAACUUUCCAAGACUGGCCAAGAACAGAGUGUAGAAGAAUCUAAAGCAAGCAAGAGAUUGUCCAAGAGGGUGAACCAGAUGAUUGGACAGAUAGGAAAAAUACUUAAUGAAUUAGAGACAGAUCAAAAGCAAACAGCAGGAAAAAUGGACAGUAAUGUCUAUACUACUGGGGAAAAUGUCAUCACCAUCGGUGAGCUUAUCAAUGUGAUGAAACAACUUGAACAAAUUCCUGAGAGCAAAAUGGUGAAGUUGGCUAUUGCCCUGGAUGACAACAAGGAUGGCAAGAUUAACAUAGAUGAUGUUGCCAAGGUCAUUGAACUGAUUGACAAAGAAGACAUCGACAUCUCCACGGGUCAGGUCUCGGAGAUUGUGGCCUUGCUGCAUAAGGAGGAGAAGGUGGAAGAGAAGGAGAAGGCCAAAGAAAAGGCCGAGAAAGAGGCCGUGGAAGUGAAGAUGUGAGUCUUGGCCGCCGCCGCUGCUGCUGUGGCUUGGUGGAGAGGCCGCCUCGCGCCGGCAGCGCUCGGGGAUGCCUCCUGGAGCCUUGGGCGGUGGCCAGGCACGACAACUUUGCUUAUAGCGAUGCCACUGACAAAAUAGCUAUUUUUCUGGAAUAAAGCAGACGCUUCCAUGAUCAAAUAAGUGAUUUUCUAUCAUUCCAUGAAGAUGAGAGCACUCUGGACCCCCUCCCCCUUCUCUGCCUGUGAAUCAUGCUUUGGCCCCCCGUCCCCAUGGGGUCACCAUGCCGGCGGCCCGUCCUGAGAGCAGAGAGCGCAGCGAGGAGCCGCGGGCACUCCCGACAUGACAGACCGCGAACUGCCCUGUGAUGAUGAUUGUGCCCAAAGUGGGGAAGGCGGGCAAGGGUCCAGCCUCUCUUCCCUAUUUUGGCAAAAAUUUUCAGGUGAUUUUUUUUUCUCCCCUUGGAUCUAAAAUGAUAUUUUCCUACAGAUAAGUUAGAAUCACUCCUUUGUUUCCCCAGGUGAUCUUUUAUGUGCUUGAAAACAAAGCUAAAUUCAUUCAAAGCUACCCCCCUCCAGCCAGGGGCCGCUGUGGCAUUUCUUCAUUGGGCCAGCUUUAAGGUUUGGAUCUACUUUUGAAGCUGAUUGAGAUGAGCAACCCCUCACCCUUUUGUUAUUCUGUUUGGAUUGUCCUAGCAGUCUUUAAAUUGGGCAGGUGCAUUUCUAGGGAUAUUGUCAUAUUUAUUUGAAUGAAAACUUGAUUUUUUAAAAAGAAGAUUUAAAUAACAUGUAUCCCCCAGAAAUAAGAUGUAAAUAAAAUCUAUCAGUAUACAUUUCCA